AUGGUGAGAUUUUGGCGUGGCACUUUGCAGCAGCCUUUUGCAGUAAAACUUUUCAAAGGGAUUGAGGCAGCACACCCUCAAUUUACGAACAGAACUGUUAUGGUCAAAAAUAAUGACAUUGAUACCGCUUUUAUCGCAUUAAAUAGGAUGAUGGAGAAUGAAGGCCUUAUUUCGAUAAUUCGAAAAACAACACGCUAUAUUGUUCCUUGUCAGCAAAGAAGGUUGGCAUCAUUAGCUGCAUCAAAAGCCAUAUUUAAUGAAGAUAUGAGGUAUAAAACAAAAUUUUUGUUGAGGAAGAACCGGCCUGAUCCGCUUGCUGGUCAAAUUACCACGUAA